AGGAGGCAUCCCCGCUGGGAUGCUGGGCUAGACAAGGCCCCUGUGGGGAGAGGCCUCCCCUUCUUUCCCCUGUUACAUCCCCGCGACCCGUGGCAUCCCCGCGUUCACACGUUACUGGCCCCUUUCCCCAUGGGGAACGCCCUUUUCUUCCCUUCCCUUGUCUCCUCCCUCGUCCCGUCCCUCCCGAGCUCACCCCUCCCCAUUGUUUCAUUUGGGUUAGGGUGACAGAGGAGCAGCAGCGAUGCCCCCCAUUUGGGGCAAAGGAAGCAGGAGGAAGGAGGCUCUUUUGUUUCCAUUGAGGCCUUGUGUAUGUACAUGCCACCUCUUUUCUCCCAACCUCCCAAGGUGGAAAAAAAAGAUGCCUUUGUGUUUGCUGGAGACAAGGCAGACCAAGCCGAAGGAAAGGAAGGCAGGGAUUGCAGGCGUCAGCCAUAUGGAAACAAGGCAAAGGGCCUCCCUCCAUUGGUGCAUUGUCACUGAUGUUGCAGUUGGUGUGAAGAGAGGAUCUGACGAGCUUCUUUCAGGCAGUGUACUCAAUAGUCCGAACUCUAACAUGAGCAGCAUAGUAGUUACUGCCAAUGGUAACGACAACAAGAAAUUCAAAGGUGAAGAUAAAAUGGAUGGGGCUCCUUCUCGUGUUCUUCAUAUCAGGAAAUUACCAGGGGAAGUGACAGAAACAGAAGUUAUUGCUUUAGGCUUACCUUUUGGUAAGGUAACCAACAUUCUCAUGCUGAAAGGAAAGAACCAGGCUUUUUUGGAAUUGGCAACAGAAGAAGCUGCGAUCACUAUGGUCAAUUAUUACUCUGCUGUGACACCUCACCUUCGUAAUCAGCCCAUUUAUAUCCAGUAUUCAAACCAUAAAGAGUUAAAGACCGACAAUACACUGAAUCAGCGAGCUCAAGCUGUUCUACAAGCAGUGACUGCAGUACAGACAACAAAUACUCCCAUAAGUGGAACCACAGUUAGCGAGAGUGCAGUAACGCCAGCUCAGAGUCCUGUCCUUAGAAUAAUUAUUGAUAACAUGUAUUAUCCUGUAACUCUUGAUGUUCUCCACCAAAUAUUCUCUAAAUUUGGUGCAGUUUUGAAAAUAAUUACAUUCACAAAAAAUAACCAAUUUCAAGCACUGUUACAGUAUGGUGAUCCAGUAAAUGCCCAACAAGCAAAGCUAGCGUUAGAUGGUCAGAAUAUUUAUAAUGCCUGUUGUACCUUACGGAUUGAUUUUUCCAAAUUGGUCAACUUGAAUGUAAAGUAUAAUAAUGAUAAAAGUAGGGAUUAUACUCGCCCUGACCUUCCCUCUGGUGAUGGCCAACCAGCUUUGGAUCCUGCUAUUGCUGCUGCCUUUGCCAAGGAGACCUCUCUUCUAGGGCUUCCUGUUGCAGCUGUUCCAGGAGCGCUGAGUCCAUUGGGGAUUCCAAAUGCUGCUGCUGCCGCCGCCGCGGCAGCUGCCGGUCGUGUGGGUAUGCCUGGAGUUUCAGCUGGUGGCAACACAGUCCUCCUGGUUAGCAAUUUAAAUGAAGAGAUGGUUACGCCCCAAAGUCUGUUUACCCUCUUCGGUGUUUAUGGGGAUGUGCAGCGUGUGAAGAUUUUAUACAAUAAGAAAGACAGUGCUCUUAUACAGAUGGCUGAUGGAAACCAAUCACAGCUCGCCAUGAGCCAUCUGAACGGACAGAAAAUGUAUGGAAAGAUUAUUCGCGUGACUCUUUCCAAACACCAGACAGUUCAGCUACCUCGAGAAGGGCUUGAUGACCAAGGACUGACUAAAGACUUUGGCAAUUCACCUCUUCAUCGCUUCAAGAAGCCUGGGUCAAAAAACUUUCAGAAUAUUUUCCCUCCAUCUGCAACUCUUCAUUUAUCCAAUAUCCCACCAUCAGUAUCCGAAGAUGACCUACGCAUGCUGUUUGCUAAUACUGGGGGAACUGUGAAAGCAUUUAAAUUUUUUCAAAGAGAUCACAAGAUGGCUCUUCUUCAGAUGUCAACAGUAGAAGAAGCUAUCCAGGCUUUGAUUGAUCUGCAUAAUUACAAUCUUGGAGAAAAUCAUCAUCUGAGAGUUUCUUUUUCCAAAUCAACCAUUUGAAGUGCGAGAUCAAAAUAAUAAGGUUGUAUCACGUUGUUUAGUGUUGUCAUCUAUGACUGUUCGGGAAAGCGGGGACCAGAGAUGGACAUCUGUUUUUCAUGCUGUUACCAUUCCUUGAUUGUUUAUGUAUAAAUGAAAACAAAAAAGGAUUUACAAGGAAGAAGCAGUGGUAUUAUCUGCUGGUUUUGCAUAUGUUUAUGAAAGGAUUUUGUUUAAAAAGGGAUUCUGAGGAAAUCCCAUAGUUUUUCAACUUAGUUAACAUACGUGCCUUAAAAAAGGAAAACCUAGAGUUGCUAGAAUUGCAUUUACUAGUUUAAAAAAUUGGUUGUCUGGGGCACAUUGUUACAUGGGAAUUAAUGGGUGCAAUCCAGUAAACAUUAGGUUUGCCUACAUCCCAUUGAAAUCUAUUGAUUUGUAAAGCAUUGA